GCUGCGCAAACAGGCAGGCUCCCCUCCCUGGUCCCGUUGCUGUCGAGACUCCCCGGGAGAACCAGCCCCGAGCCAAGCGCGCGAGACCCACGGAGCCCCCCUGGGUCCGUCCGGGACGCGCGUGUCCCGAAUCCUCCGGGCGCGCCCGCCUCUCUCCCCGCCCGUCUCUUGGCGGGCAGGCGAGGGCAGCAAAGCCUCCCUCCGCGCGUCACUUCCCGGGCAAGAUGGCGGCGCCCGCGGGGCCGUGAAAGAUGCGGCUCACUCGGAAGCGGCUGUGCUCCGCGCUGCUGGCCGCCUACUUGCUCUUCUCCCUCUACGCGGCUUACAGCGUCUUCUUGAAGCCCCGCCGCUCGGCCGCCUCGCGAGCUGCCGCCCCGAGGGAGAAGCAGGGGCGAGAACAUGCUGUUUUGGGAACUGAAGAAUGGAAUCCUUGGGAAGUUGAUGAGAAAAACGAUUUGCAGCGGAAGUCUGCAAAUAGUCUUCAACUGUUAAAAAAGAUGCAAGUGCAACAGGAACAAACAGACCUGAGGGUACAAAUUUGGGGGAAAGCUGCUAUUGGCCUUUACCUGUGGCAGCAUAUCUUUGAAGGUCUUCUUGAGCCUGCUGAUGUGUCGGCCCAGUGGAGAGAAGGAAGCGUCACAGCAGGGAAAUCAUUCUUCAGCUUCAUUACGGGUCCAGCUGUAGUCCCUGGCUACUUCUCAGUAGAAGCUGACAAUGUGGUUCUAGUGCUGAAUGGCCGAGAGGAAGGAAAGAUCUCCUACGCCACUCAGUGGCUGCAUUAUGCACAAACAUUAGUACAAACUCACAAGCUGCAGCAUGUUGCUGUUGUGUUGCUUGGAAGUGAACAGUGCAGAAAUGAAUGGAUUUCCCCUUACUUAAAAAGAUAUGGAGGGUUUGUGGACCUGCUCUUCGUAAUAUACGACAGCCCCUUAGUGAACGAAGAAGAUAUUUUCCACUGGCCUUUGGGAGUUGCUACCUACAGAUACUUUCCUGUAGUUGAACCAAGUUGGUCAAUGCUCCACACGCCAAGACCGUACCAGUGUAAUUUCUUAGGAACCAUUUAUAAGAAUUCAACAAGAGAGAUCCUAGUGGACGUCCUGAAACAAAAUGGACUCGAUAAGCUUUGUUGGAUUUCAGCCAGAGAAGAGUGGUGGCCUCAGGAAACAAAUGAGAGCCUUCGAAACUACCACGACGCAUUGCUACAGAGUGAUCUCACGUUAUGCCCAGUGGGAGUAAAUACAGAAUGCUACAGGGUUUAUGAGGCAUGCUCAUUUGGCUCCGUUCCUGUUGUAGAAGAUGUAAUGACACCAGGCAAUUGCGGAAAUUCAUCUGUGUCCCACAGUGCCCCACUGCAAUUACUAAAGACCACGGGAGCCCCCUUUAUCUUUAUUAAAAACUGGAAAGAACUUCCUGCCAUUUUAGAAAAAGAGCAAAAUAUGACUUUGCAACAAAAGAUUCAGAGGAGGAAACAGCUUAUGGAAUGGUAUCGGCAAUUCAAAGCACAAAUGAGACAAAAAUUUAUUAGCGCACUGGAAAAUUCCUUUUUAGCUAAGGACGGAGGAGGUUAAUUGUUACUCUGAAUAGACUAUAGUGUAAUGUGGAUCAUUGGAAGCCAGAGCCGCUUCCCACAUUGGUUUUCCCCCCACGAAAUAAAAAUGUAGACAUAAAUGCAUGUCCACAAUAUAAGGAUCCUGCAUGAAUACCAGCUGUCAGUGUUGACGAAAUGGAUUCGCAUGCCACCUUGCAGUCCCACCCACUAUGGGACUCUCUGAGCAGAUUUGGUGGGAGACUGCAGGGAGAAAAAGAGGAAAGGACGUCGUUUUGCAUGAGCAGAAAUCUGCUUGUAUAGUGUUAGAUGUUGCCUAACGGCCUGAAAAUUAAUUAAGAACUCAGUUUACAAAAAAAAAGAAAGUCUUGUCACUGAAGAAUCUGCCUCAAAUCACGUUGAUAAGUUUAGUUUUAUUUUCAAUAUUUAGUUACCACCCAAUAACUAAAGUUCCUUGAGCGGUUCGUCAGUAAAAAUUAAAACCAUAGAACUUAUAUUGAAAUGUAUGUUAAAUCUAAGCAACGACAAAACCAGCUGCAAAAUAACACCAGCAACAAAGAUCAUCAGUGCAACAGGAUGGACAAGCUUAGGAAAACGAUGGAGGUAUUUCAUUGUUUCCCUGACUUUCUGAAAAUAGGAUUAGAAACACAGUGGGGUUUUAAUUAGCUUGUUUGAGUGUGGAAUAAAACAGGUUCAGUGAGCAGAAUAAAAUUAUCCAAACUAAUCUUUUUCCAGCAAAGAGAAUUAAUAAAACUCUGUAAGCUGCUGGUGGGCAGGAAGUUUCAGUCUAUUUCUUCCACAGCAGAUGAGCUCUUGUCCCCCCACAAACAAGACACUUUACCACUGCUAUCUGAACGUGGGGUUCGUAACAGGAAUUCACCACUUUUGACAUAGAGACAGGUGUGUGGUGACUUUCAGAUGGGAGUACCGUAUUGCAAUCUAUGUAGAGCUGCAUUUGAAUAUGGUUCAGGAGCUUCUGCUAGUGUGAAACGUUUCCGCUUGGCUGUUGACAUGUACAAGUAGGCACCAUCCUGUAAUAGCUCUUUUGAGACUCCUGCAUUGGCUACCAAUCUGUUUCCCUGGAGAGCUCAGGUCCUGAUUGCCUCUCUUCUAGUAUGAAAAAUACAGCAAUCUCCCGCUGGCCCCCAUCAGCAUUAAAAAAUGACUUGCUUCACAUUCUGUUUUUUUUUUUUGUGAAGGUCAUAUUGGCCUCCACACACUAAACUGGCCUUCCCUGUUUGUAACCUCGUAGUUUAGGAAUUGAUCUACUGUGGGCGAGCCGUAUUGACUUCUUCCCUGUUAUCUUUCGGGAGGCAAGUUAAGACUUCUUUCUUGCUGUUGAUUUGAGGGUCUUUGUUCUGCUGACUAGCUGUUUUAUUCUUAUAUUUCAGUUUUCCUUACAACUUGUUUCACGGUUGUGUGUUAAAAGACUUUCUGUGUUCAUAAAGUGGUAUACAAAUUACUUAAACACAGUAUCAAAAUCAAGGUCAUAGCAAAGCCCAUUUCAUUCAAACUAAUAAUAAUAAUAAUUUUAUUAUUUGUACCCCGCCCAUCUGACUGGGUUGCCAUCCACUCUGAGUGGUAAUUUUGCAGUAAUAGCUAUGGGGGGUGGGGGGUGGGGACAACCACCACAACUACAUAAUGACUGUGGAGUCCAGAUGCCAUUUGUAUGAAGUGUAUUCCAGGGAGGGUCUCUUCUUUUUAACGUUGAGAA